GCGAAGAGAUGUGCUGUUUGUGUGACGCGACUGAGGCUUCGCGUGAAUGUUUGGAUUUCUUAGGAAACUCCAGUGAACUCUGCUGGGGAAAGAUAACACGACCACAACAACGUAAUGCGACACAAAUAUACACUAUGAAAUGGACUGUACCAUUCCAAACACGGGGAGGGUCGCGAUGAACUUUACGCCGAAUUCCAAACAAAGCGUUGUGCUUUUGGACACAUUUUAAAGUUCGCUUUUCAAGAUAACGUAAUACGGUAUAAAUGAAGUGCAAUCGGAUCAGCAAUGUUUUCUAGUACUCUUCCUUCCAUUUCAGUUCUAUCGUAAUUUCACCCUUUCCUAAAGACUCGAGGCCCAGGUGGCUGGAAGAAGUUCGGCAGCGAGCUUUGAAGGAUGCGACGAAGAUGGCGAUGAACGGAAGGAAAGAAAAUGCGUUAUAUGAGAAUGUGGACUACUGCGAUAUAUAUAACCUCCAGCAUGUAGCUUACGGAAACAGCAGCGGGUAUUUCGCCCGGAUACAAGGUCCAGAAUGUGUUCUGAAGCCUCCUCUGAACCUAAUGGGUCAGCAGCAACUUGAGCCGUUCCAGCCCAUAUCUCCUGCCCAAACUCUUGGCCCAGCACCUGUUUUGAUGCCACCAGAGCCUCUUGCUUUCCCCCUUUGCAGUCCCCUCUCUGCCAAACCUUCCCCUCACCUCCAGUUGUUUCCAAACCCUGCCAUUACAGCACCCCUUGGUUCCAGCCCCAUACCAACUGAGAAUGAGUUCCAGGCAACCGAGUUCCAGGCAACUGGCAGCGAUCAGAACGUAGCACUAGAGGAGCUGUGUAGACCUCUCUACUGCAAACUGUGCAACGUCACACUUAACUCUCCCCAGCAAGCUCAGGCACAUUAUCAGGGAAAAAAUCACAGCAAGAAGCUAAGGAAUUUUUAUGCUGGCAGUCAACAGCCACCUCCAAUACGAAUACCUGAGGAAGGAGAGCCAGUUUCACAGCAGUCCCUCUCUACUCCACCUACGGAGACUGGAACAGUAGGCAAGCCGGCGUCCUUUAUCGGCCCUAGCAGGGUCAUCCUAGCUACAGAGAAUGACUACUGCAAGUUGUGUGAUGCCUCCUUCAGCUCCCCCGCUGUAGCCCAUGCUCAUUACCAGGGCAAGAACCAUGCCAAACGUGUACGGCUUGCCGAGGCCCAGCACAAUGCCAGCUCUUUGGAUUCAGCAGACCUCACCCAAAGGCGUUCCAGGAAAGAAGGAAACGAGUACAAAGUGAAGAACCGCAGGACCCACAUGAACACUACUAUGGCAGUUUCAGGGCCGUAUUACAACCCACGGCCAAGGCAGAGAAUCCCACGUGACUUGGCCAUGUGUGUGACACCAAGCGGGCAGUUUUAUUGCUCCAUGUGCAACACAGGUGCUAGCGACGAGGCUGACUUCCGAUUGCACCUGGAGAGCAAACAGCACAAGAGCAAAGUGUCCGAGCAGCGCUAUCGCAGUGAAAUGGAGAAUCUAGGCUACACCUAGGAUGCUGUCAGUGAGAAAAAGAAGACCGGAAUCGUUCAUGUAAUUCUCCAAGUGCCCAUAUUAGCUUUGUUACAGAAGAACCAGUCUUAAAUACUUUGCAUGGAAAGUUUUAAUUCAGUGAUAUUGAAAUGAAAUGAAAGCUACCUCUUGCAGAAUUACAGGUCAUUUUUAUGUCAGAUUGUGCAGCUUUGGAUGUAUGGGAGCAUCCUGUUUUAUUGUACUUGAGAAACUUGUCCCAUCGAGGAAUUUAUUUUUGCUUCCAUACUGGGAUGAUGGUAAAAGAUGGCAGCUUUUGCAAAGGUUAUCAGAAUCAUAAUUACUUUUAUCGGUAUUAAAGUUCUAAUACUGGGGCAAUUAAUGUGGACUUCCAAUCCAAGUGGACCUCUGCAGGUUCUGGUAAAAAAAAAAUUUCUUUUUUUUUUUUUUUUUUGGAGCUAAUGUAAAUAUUGUGUAUUGUGCAAUGAAUGCCUCAUAAAGGAAGGGAUACAUUUUAAAAGAUCAGAGGCAAACCUACACACUCCAGCCAGCCUUAGGUUCACUGUGUUAUUACAGGAAUACGCUGAGUACAGAGACCCAGACUGCCAUCAGAAGGUUAGUGUCACAAAU